AUGGAAAACAUUCAGGACUUACAGGCAGAAUAUUACUUUGCUGCCAUAAAUCAACAAAAAGCGGCGCAACAUUACAACAAUUUCGUCUCAGGAGCAGGAAAUCAUCAAACAGCCGAAGAAGCAGCCGUAGCGGCAGCAGCGGUUUAUUUUAUCGAAAACCCUAACGAAUUUAGCCAAGGAGGACCAUUUGACACGACAAAUUUCUUCUUUCCUAACACCGAAUUUACACUCGCCGCGACAGCGCAUUCGUAUACGCCGUCGUACGGAUCUCCGCAAUCGUCAAUUUACGAAUCGAUCGAUUCAUCGGAUUAUGAUGUUUCGGACGGAUAUUCAUCGGCGGGUGGGAGUUCUGGAUUGUCGAGUCCUCAUCUGACCACCGAUGUCAUGUUCGAGGAGGAGAGUUUACGACGAAAUUCGUUGCAAUUGAGCGAAUUGAGUGACGAAGAUCUUCUUUACGCGUUUAACGGUGGAUUUAAUUCAAAUAGUACGGCUGCCACCACAAACACCACCGCCGCCACGACUGAUAAUGCAACCUCUUAUAACGAUUAUAGUCAACAUCAACCGAUUAAGAUGGAAAAUCCAUACCUCAGUGACGACAAUAAUUCUAACAUUAAUGAUGGUAAUAAUAAUGGUGGAGGAGCAGGCCCAAUGUUUAGUUUUAUACCGGCCACGCCAAUCACACCGACCAAAGCUCAGGCUAUCGCUGAUAGUGUGUAUGGAGUCAUUUCAUCACCUUCACAACAACAACUAAUAUCAAUAAAUGAAGAACCAAUUGUGACGUCAGAAAUAAAUAAUGAUCCUAUCUCUACAUCGAUAGGUUCACGUAACACAAAUAACCCCGCCUCACACAGCGCCAAAUCUUCAACAACUGCACACAGCCACCCACAAAACUCUAGAAGUAGUGGUAAGAACAAUCAACCAAAAGUUGCAACUUCUACCGUCUCUACGACUCCAACUCAUCAACAUAGGAGUCACCGCAAAGCACUACCACAGGAGAUGGCGGAAAGACUUCACACAAUGAACCUUGCACCACCAAAACCCCAAAGAAAAUCAAAGACAAGCGCACCAUUCCACUGCCCUUACGAGGAUUGCACGAAAACCUUCACUCGUCAGUACAAUCUAAAAUCUCAUUUGCGCACUCACACAGACGAACGACCCUUCCUUUGCGGCUUCCAAGGUUGCACAAGAGCGUUCGCACGACAACACGAUCGUAAACGACAUUACAAUCUACACUUGGGCUUCAAACCUCAUGUGUGUUCUCACUGUGGACGUGCUUUCGCAAGGUUGGAUGCUCUGAAUAGGCAUUUAAGAUCGGAUAGUGGAGCUCCUUGUGCACAGGCUACUCUGCCUAAUGGGGGUGAAAAGAAAUUCAAACCGGUCAACAUGUAA